GAAAAGCUGGUGGUAUUUCAAGCCUACGUUGUCAUUGUUAUGCUAAUAUAUUGUAAAUGGAAGAAAUAUACAGUUAAGCUGUAGGUGUCGUACUGUCGUCUAUAACGCGACAUAGCCGUGUGUUGUAAUGUUGAUGGCUGACUUGUCUGUGAUGACAGUGUUGUGAGAUUAUUACUUGUACAACUUUGUUUAUGUUUUUUUGUUUAAAGGAUUAACUGGUAAUGUGUUUGAUGUUUUCUUGUAUGUAUUCUACAGAAUAAGUUUAGAAUGAGAUAUCUUACUAUACAGAAGAAAUUAUGUCAGAAAAUAACAAGCUGAACGGAACAACUCUUCCAUUGGAAGAUUAUGGAGCAACCUCAAAACGACAGUCAGAAGAUAAGAUCAAAAUAUUGGACAAUGACGAGCUGAGUCCAGAUUCUGAAUUUGAUGUUGAAAGUGAAAGUGCCAAAGUAACUUCCAGUAAAGAUUGUUUUUUUCGAGAUGGAGUCAGAAAAACUGAUUUCAUCCUGGCAUAUGAAGAAGCCAUUGAUAAAAAACCUAAAUCAUCAGAAUCUAGAAAUACUGAAUGGAGAGAGAAAUUUUUCAAAAAUCUUAAGAAAGCUGGGCUGGAAAUGGAAGAGGAAGUACUGGAAAGUGAGAGAAAAAUUAUUAAUUUUGUGAAAAUCCACGCACCGUGGGAGGUGGCAUGUGCUUAUGCUGAAGAUUUAGCUUUACAGGCCCCAUUGCAGGUUGUGAAUUCUGAGGCACAUCAGAAUCCAAGUGAUAACUAUUCAGAAAAGAUAUUAAGUUUUUUUCAUAUACCUAAUAUAAUGAAACAAGAUGUACCAAAUAAGCCAUUAGAUUUUUACACCUGCAGAUUUAAAAAAUCGAAACUUGACAGGUUUUUAGGUAGUGAUGAUCACAUCUCAUUUUUCUCCAAUACUCAACGAAGUUUUAUAGUAUGGGAGAUCCUGUGUUCAGCUACAUACGGCAAGAAGAAGAAAGCAGAAGUUGGCGUAGAAAGACUUUUAGAAGAGGAUAUUCUUACUGCUGCCUACAACUUACAUGAUGGUGGUUAUGAACUACCAAGACAUUCAUAUGAUCCAGAAACACUGAAUAAAAGACAAGUUCUUCAUCAUUACUGGGCUAGAUGGGGCUGUUGGUAUAAAUAUCAACCCCUUGACCAUAUAAGGGAAUAUUUUGGUGAAAAAAUUGGUAUAUACUUUGCCUGGUUAGGUUUUUAUACUGCCUGGUUAUUACCAGCAUCUAUAGUGGGUGUACUUGUAUUUAUAUAUGGUAUUGUAACUGUUGGUAGUAAUAAACCUGCAAGUGAAAUCUGUGAUAGUGGUGAGUCGUAUAAGAUGUGUCCACUCUGUGAUGAAGAUAUUGGUUGUGAAUAUUGGUAUUUAUCAGAUGUAUGUCUGUUUGUUAGAAUAGCUUAUUUAUUUGAUCAUCCGGGUACAGUGUUUUACGCUAUAUUCGUCUCUUUUUGGGCUGUAACAUUUCUGGAAUACUGGAAAAGAAAGAAUGCCAGUUUAGCUCAUCAUUGGGAUGUUUUAGAUUUAGAAGAUGAAGAGGAACGUCCUCGUACAGAAUACGCAGCCAAAGCUCCAGAAUGGAAGGAGAAUCCUGUUACUGGGAUAAGGGAGCCUUAUUUUAACCCCAGACAAAGGAUACCCAGGAUAUUGUCGGGCAUGGCUGUUAUUGUUAUUAUGAUGUUCCUAGUUAUUAUAUUUAUCAUUGCCGUAAUUAUGUAUCGUGUUUUGGUUAGCAUACCAUUAUUUGAAAACAAAGACUUACGACCUAAAGCAUCCAUUAUUGCCAGUUUAUCAGCUGCUAUUGUGAAUUUAAUUAUAAUUAUGGCACUUGGCAGAGUUUACGAGAAAUUAGCUUUAAAAUUAACACAAUGGGAAAUGCAUAGAACUCAGUCAGAGUUUGAAGAUCAGUUGACAUUUAAAGUAUUUAUUUUCCAGUUUGUCAACUUUUAUUCUUCCAUUAUUUAUGUUGCUUUUUUUAAAGGAAAGUUUGUAGGUUAUCCUGGUCAUUACAACAGAUUCUUUGGUUUAAGAAGUGAAGAGUGUAAUAAUGGAGGUUGUUUAAUUGAGUUAGCUCAACAAUUGGCUGUUAUUAUGAUUGGUAAACAGAUGAUUAAUAAUGCUCAAGAAGUUAUUGUUCCAAAAGCCAAAUCUUUAUGGCAUCGUUUCCGUGUAAAGAUAGAUAAAAGUGUUCCUAGAAUGAGAUGGGAAGAUGAUUUUGAACUGAUAGAAAAUGAAGGACUAUUCCAGGAAUACCUGGAAAUGGUAUUACAGUUUGGUUUUAUCACAAUAUUUGUUGCUGCUUUUCCACUAGCUCCUUUAUUUGCUCUGCUUAAUAAUUGGGUUGAAAUUCGACUGGAUGCUUCGAAAUUUGUUUCUGAAACACGGCGUCCUGUAGCAGAGCGAGCCAAAAAUAUUGGUGUAUGGUACACCAUUUUAGAUUCUUUAGCCCAGUUAGCUGUUAUUAGUAAUUCAUUUUUAAUCGCCUUUACAUCUGAGUUUUUACCUCGUUUAUUAUAUCAAUAUGAGUAUAACUGGGACUUAACAGGUUAUACUAACUUUACACUUGCUCAAGCGCCAAAUGGUACUCUAUCACAGCCUUGCAGAUAUAAAGCCUUCAGAGAUGAGACUGGUCAUUAUACAAUAUUCUACUGGCGUCUUCUGGCUAUUAGACUAGGAUUUGUCAUAAUAUUCGAGCAUGUGGUGUUUGGUGUAUGUAGAUUAAUAGAUUUAUUGGUACCGGAUGUACCAGAAACAUUAGAAUUAAAGAUAAAACGAGAAAGAUACCUGGCUAAACAAGCUUUAGCAGAUACAGAAACUAUGAUGAUGAUGUUUGAUGAGUUUGGUGAACAGCUGACGAAAGAAGGUGAUGAAGAUGAAGGUACUGGUGAUGUCAAUCUUAAAGUUCCAGAAACAACCACAUAACAUUCAUCUUAAUUAUUUAUCCGACAUUUUCUUCUUUGACUAUUGUCCUUCUAGUCUUCAUUAAUAAACACUGCUCUAAUUUUCAUGAUUUCUGAAAUUAGUUUGACCCCCCAGAAAAUGUUGGAGAGUUGGGAUAGUUCAGUUAAUAAUGAUUGUAUCACAGGAAACCAGGGUGUUUCAGUCAGAUUUGCCUGUUCGCAAAAGUAAUUGGUAUUCUUGAUUUAAUUUAUAGAUGGUCCAUUGCUAGUUACAAUGCUGACUAUAUUAAAGUUUGUAGACACGAUACACGAUUUUUAGUAUAAUGGCAACAACACAUUCAUGAAAUCUUGCAAAAUUAACCUUCCCAAUUUGUUAUUCCUAUGAUAACAUAUUUAUGAGACGUGAGCAAUAUGAAGUCAUACCCAAGGAAUGUAUUUAAUGCAUUUAUUUUGUUCUCUUUUAAUUUUUGUUUUUGUUUUUUUGACUGUUUUGAAAUCCAUAUUUCAAAGAAUCUUAAUAAUUUGUUAAAUGUGUUUUUGAAUUUAUUUUCUUUUAUUUCUAUUUUGUAAGCUUUAUCCAUUUCUGUUAAUUUUAUGAUAUAAUUUCUGUUAAUCUUAUAAUUUGUGUUAAUAUCACCUUGCCAUUUGUAUUAAUACCUUAUCGUUUGUGUUAAUAUUAUAAUAUGUUCAAAUUAUUAUAUCUGUUAAUAUAAUAUUAUUAUAUCUGUUAAUAAAAUAUUAUUUCUGUUUUGUGAUAAUUUCUGAAACUUGCACCUUUUUUUUUUAAUUUCAUCUCACUGUUACCAAAACAAAUAAUCAGUAUUAUUUUAUCUUAUUUUAUUAUAUUUAGUUAUUUGAGAUCUUGGUAGGAGGGUUCAUAUAUAUAUUUUCUUUUUUAAGUAAGUGAGAAACUGACAUUUGGUUGUCUAUUUGUUUGAUAAAAUGUUAAAUUAAGAACAAAAUUGGUAUAAUGUGUGAAUAUAAAUGAAGGCAUUUUUUAAUAAGUGAUUGCUUUGUUAAGACUGUGAGAGAAACGGUCCAUAACAUGGCUCCUGUUUUGGUAAUAUAUGACAGCCUUGACUGAUUUAUUGUGAAAUUGAAUGGCUGGCUAAUUUAUAUCUCUUUCAAAUUAAGGUAGAAGAUAGUGUUAAAAGUUGACAAAUUCUUUGAAAAAAAAAAGUUGAAAUAAAUGAAUACAUGUAUGUGAAAACUUGAACAAUGGGCAACAUUUUGAAGUUAGAUCCCUGAUCCAUAGUCCACUGUAUUUGUUAUUAGUUGUGUACAGAUGUCAACAUGCUUUAUUAAAUAUCAAUGCUUGCAUGUAUAUUAUGUUUAUAUAUUUACAUGUAUAUAUAAUAAAUAUUUUGAACAUAAUAAUCUUAAUUCAUUUGUACUUAUUAUCAAUAUGAUAUUCAAGCACUUAAAUCUACCUGAACUUUCAGCUAACAUUUAUGGGUAAGGAAUUUACUUUGUAGAAUAAUGAUAUUCAUUGAUAUUAACAGGCAUUAAUGGGAUUGGUAACUUAAUGAUCUUUCUUUACAUUUCUUUUUUGCCUUGAUGUAGAUCGAUGUUAAAUACUUUUCAUUCAUUGACUAAUUAGUGCAAUUUCUGUGAAAUAUAGCAUAUUAAAUACCUAAUCUUAAGGAUGCAUUAUGUAAGAUUUAGAUACAGAACUGGCCGUUCUUUCUAUAAUGGUUCAAAAAAAGAUAAUGGAAAUAGAAAGUUUUUAAUUCAAUCAUUAAAUGCUGAUCGUUUUUUAAUCUGUUUAAAUAUUGCCAUCCAAUGGUCCAGAGAGUUGAUUGUAGGCUUGUAAUGUGAAUAAAUGUCUAAAUACAAAUUUAUCUAUAAUAUUUGAAGCCAGAAAAAAAAGGCCAGCAAAAUUUACUGCCUAUUUAAUAGGCAAAUUUAGCUUUUACAUAAUGCAUCUUUAAAUACCCAAUCUUAAUUGAAAUUAGACUCUACUUCCGUUUUGUUUAUUUUUCGUUUCAUUUUCCCAUCAAACAAAAAAACAAACAGAAUGAAAUAAAGAUUUGAAAUCAUCAAAUUAGAUUAAUUAUUUAAUAUGUAUGUGUAUUUUAUAUAUAUUGGAAUUUAUUUAUUGUGUAUUGUUAUAUUGGAGUUACUAACUACAACAUUCCCAUUUUACAUUUAAUUUUUUCAAUUUAAAUACUGUUAAAUUUUAAUAUAUUAUGAUCUUGUUCAUGGUAUCAUUAAAACUAUUAACUUUUAAUAUAUUGUGAAUUUAUGAAUGAUGUAAUUAAAAACUGUUGACUUUGUGAAUAUUUUAUGACUUUUUGUGAUGAAAAAAAGUUGAUUGUUAAUAUGUUAUAUGUUGUUUAUUUGUGUUAUUGAAACGCUAAUCAUGCGUAAUUAAAUUUGUUGACCUUUGAACUUUCACAUUCCUUAAAUUAAUGAAAUAGAACUAGGUCCUUUACUUUUAACAUUGCUUUAUGUUCUCCCCAUAACACGUCCAAAAACAGUAUUGUGAAACUUUUAAAUGAACAUAAAAGGUAACCCAAAUUCAUCAUCCUUUCUUGACUUUCUGCACAUAAAACAAUGUGUCCAGAAACAAGAACUUGAAAAGUAACCUAAAUUCCUCCAUUCUUUUAAAUCUGGCUUCUGGUAUAUUGUUGUUACUUUUACAAGGACUGGCUCAGUCCUUGAAUCCAAUUUGGAAUUACUAAAUUAGCAAUAUUCAACAUUUAGUAAUUAUGAGUUGAAAAGUUGUAAAUAUUAUGUUUAGUAAACUGGUGUGUUUAGAUUUUUAUACCCUCCCACAUUUUCAUGUUGAUGUAUUAUGCCGUCGCCCCUGUCUGUCCAAGUUGACAUCCAACCACAAUUUGUUUGUGGACACUCUACAAGUCACAAUUUUUAUCCGAUUUUGAUGAAACUUAAAAUAUAGGUCCAUGUCCCAAAGAUCAUGGUUCAUUUUUGAUAUUGGCAUGUAUCGGACCAUAAAUUCAUGGAUUGUGGCCCCUGAUUGUACGAAAAAUCAUGUUUUUAGUUUGUGGACACUCUAGAGGUUACAAUUUUCAUCUCAUUUUGAUGAAACUUGAAAUGCAUGUUUAUAACCCAAAGAUCUUGGUUCCUUUUGAUAUUCGUAAUUUCCUGAAUUAUGGCCCCUGAUUGUUCGAAAAAUUGUGUUUUUAGCUUGUGGUCCCUCUAAAGGCCACAAUUUUUCUCUGAUUGAAAAAAAAACAAAAACAUUUAAAUAUAUCACUGUUACACCCUUAUGAUGGAUGAGUUCGAAUUUUGUGGAAAUCGGAACAAAACUGACAGACAAAAUGGCAUAUCGCGCAUAUCUGAACUUAACUUCCUGGAUUAUGGCUCCUGAAUGUACGAAAAAUCGCUUCUUUCUUUGAGCUUGUUCUUUGUCCAUCUCAUGUAAAAUGUGGGCGUAUCUUGCAUAGCAACCGCUUGUUGCUUUCAAGACAUGAUAAAUUUGUUAUGAAAUUGUUUUUAUGACUAUUUGUAAAUUAAAUCUUUUGUUAUCAGUAUUUUUGCACAUCUUUUCUUAUAUUCUCUUAAAACUAUAUUUCUGACUAUUUUCUUGUUUUGUUUUGUUAAAUUUUUCUCAAGAAAUAAGUCACUGAGUUCUGACCACUACACGGGGUGCUGGCUUCAACAUAAGACUUGAUUACAGAUGUUAAAAUAAAUUAUAUUACAAAAAAGA